AUGUACAUUGUACCCCCAAUCUUGCGUUCAACCACACGCUACAAUCGAACUAAUCUACAACGUCUACCCACUCACCCUCUUCUAUCCAAAACAAUUGAGAUGUCCGAAAACAACAACGUUGAAGACUGGCGAAAGGUCACAGGCAUUGGCACUGGUCAGAAAUGGGGCGCAACUACACAGCAGUCCACUGAUGGGCGCGCAUGGGGCAUUGCGAUUAGCCAGUCGGUCAACGAAAGCAAGCCGCCGCCUUCUAAAGGAUUGAAUGCUGCGGCUCCGUCGUUCACCCCUGGCAGCGUCAAGUCGAAGACGUAG